GUCUCCCCCAGUGCAGCCAGCACCGCCCCGCUGUUAUUACACCGGGAGCCGCCCACACAUAACCCACUAACCCGCGGGUGUCACAUCCACCCUCUCACACCCCGCCCUGGCCGCGGCCCCUUUAAGCAGUCUCAGCCCUCGGGCGUUGUCAUGUGACUGGCUUUGUGCACACUGUCGGGCGGGGAUAACAGCACACGGAAACCAGACACCCGUCACAGCCAGCGGAGGACACCCUCCUGGGGGCGGAGCUUGCGAUGGAUUUCUCUUCCCAUCAUACUCGCCUACUCCAGCAGCUAGAUGAGCAACGGCGAAGGGAUCUUUUUUGUGAUUGUCACAUCCUGGUGGAGGGUAAGAUGUUUAAAGCUCAUCGUAAUGUCCUGUUUGCCAGCAGCGGUUAUUUCAAAAUGCUUCUGUCCCAAAGCUGCAGAGAUGUUGGAGAGCCCACUACUGCCACUUUUGAUAUAUUUUCUGCUGACACAUUCACUGCCAUCAUUGACUAUGUAUACUCUGGCAAGCUGCCUCUCUCAGGACAAAAUGUCAUUGAAGUCAUGUCCGCAGCCAGCUAUCUGCAGAUGACAGAUGUGAUCAACGUAUGUAAGGAAUUCAUUAAAUCAUCUCUGGAUAUUAAUGAGAAGGACAAGGAUGGUUUCUUUGGGUUAUCAGACCGAGAGCCUUGGCGCCACCACAGUGACUACAGCCUUCCAAAAGAAGGAUGGGGAAUGAAUAAUUGCUCAUCCACUCGUUCAGAUGGUGAUAUUGCUGGAUCCUUAGAUGCAUCAAGUCCUUGGAAUCCAUAUGGAUUCUAUCCUAGGAGAAAUGACUUUUCCUCCACCCUAAAUGAUCGGUCAAUAUCGCAAAGGACAUCAGAAAGACCUAUUGAGCCUCCUCAAUUGCCAAGCUCUACUUGUUGUCCAGAAGAGAGAGCCAAAGGUUCCAAAAUUACAGAGACUGGUAGCACCACAAAGGUUGAAAUGCCCCAUGAUGAGUACCCACCUGCAAUGGAAUCUGAAGCUGUUAUGAACUGCUGGACAGCACCACAACAGAAAGAUAUGACAAAAUCAUACCAAAACAGAGCUUCUAAAGCAGAUGAGCUGUAUGCCACCAUGCCAACCAUCAUGGGCAUUACAGGAAGAUGGGGAGAAGAUGCUCUGCCAAGCAUGCGUUUUAAAUGUCCAUUCUGCGCACACAUGGUAAAGAGGAAAGCAGACCUAAAACGUCACUUGCGGUGCCACACAGGAGAACGGCCAUAUCCAUGCCAGGCGUGUGGCAAGAGAUUUACAAGGCUGGAGCAUGUUCGUAGUCAUUUUCGAACUAUCCACGAGGCAGGGAAGCCCAUAUGUCGGAGGUGUAAAAGACAUGUCACAGAAGAGACUGGCCAAGUGGUGCAGGAUGGGACAAGGCGCUUUCGACUGUGUAGAGAGUGUUUGGCUGAAGUUGGAGUGGACAGUUUUCCAAUUGAGGUAGAUGAUGAGGACGAUCCCACCAUUGUACUAUCAGGAGAUGAAGACAAGGAACAAAUGUGGAAUUUCCAUGAUGGAGUACAGCAAUCCAAACCAAAACGAAUAGAGGAAACAUCUUCUGACUUAAUCAUACAUGAAGUGGAUGAUAGUGAUGAUGAUAUUAAACCGAUUCUCUGUUAACAAGAACAGAUACAUAGCAGCAGUACAAUUUAGUGCACAUAGUAAUUGUGCAGCACCUAGAUAAAUAUUAAUUUAUUUGUACAGACUGUUUACUUGAAACUAUACUUCCAGUCAAUACUUCAUCAUAGAUAAUGAGCAAAUGAACCAGCAACAAAUUCUGCUUUAUUUUUGAUCUUCAUAAACUGAGGUGGCUUAGGUGCAGUUCUGAAAGCUGGAUUACAGGAAAGCAGAAUUUCUGGAUUACUGAAAAGCAGAAUUUCUAGAAAUUGCUUUUCAUUUACUAGAACUUCAGGGUGGGCUUAAAUUCAGAGUACAGUUGAAGAGUCAAUAUAUUUUUAUUAAUUAACUACAAUGAUAUUACUUACAAUGAAUGCUUAAUAUAUGGAGAUUUGUUUGACUAGGUACGAAGGCUCUACCACUUGAAUUUCUGCAUCGAUAUUCUCCUUGAUCUUGUUCAAGCUUGUUCACGUACACCCGCUCCAUCAGAUAUCCCCAUGGGAACUAUCGGUAGCUAAAAGAUCAAUUUCUCACAUUGAAGUGGUGGUGGUAAGCUCCUUGUGCCAAAAUAAUGGACCUGCCAUUUUGAAAAUAAAAUUCUACUAUUUUUACUAAUUUGUCUUUCAUGAAAUUACCCAUUAAUAAUCUCCAAAGACUCAGUUAUAUGUACCUGCAACAACAAAAAAUUAACAACUAACAAAUAAGUUAUUUACCUGUCAAAUCCUGCUCUGAAUUUUGGCCCACCCCGUACAAAGUACUAUUUAUUUUCAGUUCUACAAAUGAAUGAAUUUGUAGACAAA